AUGGACCACGAGCAAUGGCGAAGCUUGGCGGAAAAAAACCAGAUCGUAAUUAUCCAUAAUCGGCACGCGGAUAGAAACUGGAUUCACCUUCAACUGCGUAAGUGUGGGUGCACCGGUGUACAAAGAUAUCAUGAGUUCGCGAGAUUUGAGCGAAAAAGUUCAGAUAUGUCAGAUCCGAUCAAUGCCAACCCCACGGUUAUUGAUACCUCCCAGUUGCCCACGCGGCUCGGAAAGGGCUCUCGGGAGCUCAAGCCGUGUGACAAACUAGUACUGAAGAUUUUAAACUUAUCGUUGUUGAAACCAGCAGAUGAGUCAGCAGAAAGCGAUGACCAAAUACCUGAUUUGAUGUCUGAUGUUGAUUCAGAAUCUACUGACGAUGAGCUAGAAGGUGCCGACAACGAGGGUAUAGACUCCCAAGAGAUUUUUGACUUGAUAUCGACGAUUUCCGACCCUGAACAUCCUUUGACACUAGCACAACUCGCCGUAGUCAACCUUGAAGACAUACAAGUUUCAGAUAAUGCUGGAGCGAUUUCUGAGGUUUUGGUGAAGAUCACUCCCACUAUCACACAUUGCUCGCUUGCCACAUUGAUUGGUUUGGGAAUAAGAGUUCGUUUGGAACGCAGUUUACCAGCUCGGUUUCGCAUUAGAAUCUUGAUUAAAGAAGGCACUCACCAGUCUGAAAACCAAGUGAACAAGCAACUUAACGACAAGGAGCGUGUAGCCGCGGCGUGUGAGAAUGAGCAGUUGUUGGGAGUUAUUCUGCAGAUGCUCAGCACUUGCAAGUGA